AUGAAUGAUUCUCUGACUGUGGUCAUGGCGAGGAGCACGCCAUUCUACUUCAUGAAAGAAACCGCUGGCGCAUAUGAGGGCGUUGAUGUUCUCAUAGUAUCAGCACUGAAUCAAGCUUUGCGGAAAAACUUCUCGAUACGUGCUUCCCCGGAACGGAGCUGGGGCUCAUGUACGACCGGCAACUGUACUGGGAUGAUCGGCAUGCUACAAAGAAAAGUCUUCGACCUUGCCAUGUCGGGCAUGUCAAUAUCCUAUGAUCGUCGGCGGUACGUCGAUUUCAGCUUCCCUUAUCUCCUGGAUAGGUUGACCUUCGUUGUUCGAGCUCCGCGCGUCGUGAAUCCAUCCGAUGCCAUCAUAAAACCGUUUGAGGCAGAGGUUUGGGAGUAUUUGAUCUUUGUCAUUGUGAUUUCUAUCAUUAUACGUCAACUCGCCCGUUUGAUGCCGUCAGUAUUCCACGAUUUCCUCGACGUGCUCGACAUUUUCAGCAUACUCUUGGGAAAAGGGCAAAUCCAUGUUCCCGAGCUUCUAUCUCAAGGUAUGGUUGUUUGUUCAUGGCUAGUCAUUUCGUUGGUUCUGUCGACGUGUUAUUCCGGGGUUCUGUUCUCAUCGAUGACUCGUCCCGGGCUGGAAGAGGUCGUCAACACUAUACCCGAGCUAACGAAAGCUUUGAUGGACAAGCGAAUGGAUUGCGGAACGCUCAAGAAUACCCAUUUAGAGAAGUCUUUGCAGCAAGAUAGGUCGCCGAAACCUUUCGAGAGGGCCAUACUCGACUCACUGAAGUCCGGUGAAAACUACGUAGACAGUGACGUUGCGGGUCUUGAGCGAUGCAAGAGCGGCCGAUUUGCGUAUAUCGGAGAGUAUAUCGGCAUUGCCGCUGAUGUUGAAGAUACAGGGACCGUAACCUUCGCUGACGACUCAUUUCAGUUGAUUUUAUAUGGCGUAGCGAUGAGACAACAGCUUGAUAUUACGGAGGAGCUCAAUCUAGUGUAA